GCGCGAGAUUUUUCCCGGAUCAACCUUAACACGUAUAGCCACCAUGUCACAGAUACAGCAACAGUUAGAGAACAUACCUGGGUAUGACAUAGUCAUGGACUAUUUCAAUGACUAUGCCGAAGAGCAUUUUAAUUCGGUCGAUCCGUACGAAGAUGAGGACGGCAAUAAGCGGAAGCUCCCCGCCGACAUCACCAACAAACGUGAACAAAAAGCGUGGAAGAAGAUCCAGAGCCAGGCAUGGACUCAUGACAAGUGUUUUCUUGGACUGUGUGGAGUAGGCAUGGAUUGUGGGUUGGGAUUGGCACCAAUUGUCGUGUUUAUUUUCCCGGUGUUGGGCCCAAUUAUGUUAUACCUUGUCCAUGCGAGAUUGAUUAGGUUGGCCCAGGAGAAUUUCAAUUUACCGAAUAAGCUAGUGGCAAGAUUACAGAGUAAUAUUGUAAUUGAUCUUGUGAUUACGUUUCCGCCACUUAUUGGUAGUUUCUUUGGCUGGUUGCAUGGAUGUAGUACUCGGAAUGCCGGGUUGAUUUAUGGGUUUGUGCUGAAAAUGGCCGAGGUUAGGGCAUCGGCCCAGGGUGUGCAGUAUGUAGGAACCCAACGUACAAUACAGCAACAGCCCGAGUUUGGGUCAAGGGGAAUGACUUACCAGAGACAGGAGCCUCAAAAUGAGAGACGGACUAAGUUUACCAGGAACAAUCCGAAUGCGAUUGUGGUAGGACAGCAACAACAAUCUGGAUUUGUAUAAACUAUGUAAAUAGAAAUGCAUUAUUUAUUACCAAUAAGGUUCUCUAAUUCCAGUUUCAGAACCGGUACCAUGACUCCAUCUGUUUCCGUUUUACAUAUAAAACACUUUGUCUUUUUCUGUUUGUACUCAUCCAAGAAACAUGGUUUGCAAAACAAGUGUCCACAUUGAGUUUUUAUUGGUGACUUGUAUUCAUUCUUGCAAAGAACACAUUUGAACGGUAUUUCCUCUACUGGUUUAUCCUUUAUUUCCUUCCUGGUUACAUUUUCCCAUUCCUUUUCAAUAGGUUUCUUUUGUCGCGACUCAUCUCGAAUAUGGAGGAACUUACAAGUAUCACCAUACCCACAGUAUCCAGUCUGAAGGAAAUCCUUACACACAUCAGGUUGGAAAUCUGUUAUGGUAGUAACAUUUAUAUUCUUGGGAGGUGCCUUGAUAGUUCCUUUAGUACGUGGAGUUACUUCUGUAGCUGGCUCAUUGUUCGAUUGCAAAUUGGAGGCAAGUACUUCAGCAGUGGAGCUGACUGGUUUGUGCUUGGAUGCAGAUUCCACCUUCUUAAACGUCUUUUGUCGUAUUGAAGUAGUUAUCUCAUCAUUUAGAUCUUCUUCAAGCCUUCUUUUCUUAGACUGAUCGUCUUUGCCCUUGACUGUUCUCUUCUUAAACAUGGUGAUGAGUAAUAUAAACACAGAGGAGGAAAAAAAAAACUCACCGAAUCGGAAUUUGU